AUGGCUGUCGACGAUGACUCUUUCCGAACUGAGCUCCGGAAUACCAAGGUGCUUGAGGGGCCGUUUCCGGACCUAGACUUCGACACGUUUCCGGAAACUCCUCACGAGUCUUUCAAGCUGUGGUUCCACGAAGCAAUCGCAGCUGGAGUCAGAGAGCCACAUGCCAUGACCCUUUCCACGACUGAUGAUCAAGGUCACCCAGAUGCCCGAGUUCUUAUUCUUAAAAAUGUCGACGCUCGUGGCUGGCAUUUCGCUGUGAAAUCUGACAGCCCCAAGGGGAAACAAUUGGCAGGUAAUGGACAUGCUGCUUUAACCUUUUACUGGCCUCAGCUUGCCCGACAGAUUCGUCUGAGAGGAAGAGCCGUCGAAGCUCCUGCAACAGAGAGUGCUCUUGACUAUAAAGCUCGGCCUAUUGAAUCAAGGAUUUGCGCAGUAGCCUCGGACCAAAGUGGAGUCCUUCUCGACCGUGAUGCGCUGACCCAGAAUCUUGCCGACACCGAGUUGAAGAUGUCGAAAGAUCCAAUGUCAGGCGUGGAGAAAUGGCGAGUCUAUAUUGUUGUAGCUGAUACGGUCGAAUUCUGGCAGGGAGAGGCUAAUCGCCUGCACAAACGGCUCCAGUAUGUGCACAACAAGGGCGAAGAUAAAUGGCAGAAACACUUUCUCUGGCCUUGA